UUGGCGCAUGCGCAGUGAAGAUGGUGCUUAGGCUGGUGCUAAAAUAGUAAUAUAGAAGACUACAUGAAAUGUCGUCUGGGUCGAAAAAAAGACGCACGGAGUCAGAGGGAGACGUGGAAAAGGAGUUGUUAGAUGCCUUGAUUCAAAUUUGUGCUGACAUGAAUGAUUCAAGUAUUAUCCUUACUCCGUUAAAAAUAGAAUGCUGUAACGCAACAUCGUCGCAUGCUGCAUCGUUUUCCAAGGCAUUUUGUGAUACAAAACCCUACGAUACUCGUGUCUUAUUUGGCGAUGUGUUCCGAAAUGGCAUAUCGAUUUUAAGAGAUUUUGAAGUGAGUAAAAAGAUUCCUAAGGAAAAACAAACGCUUUUUGUCUUUAAUAAACUGAUGGAUCUUCUAAAAGGCGAUAGACGCCUCAAUCUCUCUGAUCCUCUGAAAUUUCGGUCCAUGUCAGGAACUGAACUGACAGUACUUGUGGCCAAUCAUCUGUUGGGAAAAUUAGCAACAUCUUCCUGCUAUCUGGUUGACAAAAAUUGUAAUGGAAAAAAAGGGGAUCAAUGUUUUUGUGGAGAAGAUUCUUGUACAAUGACAGGAACCUAUGGUGAUACCAGUAUAGGAAAUCCAGAGGUGUGGCAUGGAAAUUUAGAUAUCAUCAUCAACAAUGAUUUGGCAGUGGAAUCACUUGAUGAGCAGCCAGAUACUCCAGAGACCCCUGGUGAAAAAUCUCCUGUUGAAGUGAAAUUGAAGGCUUCUUUGAUAGAAAACCCACAAAUCAUUGCACAAACCAUUGUUUUUUCUUUUCUCCAGAAAAAAAGACACCCAAAUCGUGAUCAUUUUUUAACCCCAUGCAUUGGAAUAGGAAGUUCUGAGCUUAUAGUUAUGCUUUAUGAUUCAGAACAUGAUGUUUUGCUUGAGAGUUCUACUAUACCCCUCUUUGAGAAUGAAUUGUCAUGUAGGUUUUCUUACUGUGCAAUUCUUGUUUGUUGGUUAACAGUUAACUACAGAUAUUUUUGUAGUGGUCUAACUGAAAGAUACAAAAUGUUCAAAAGCAACUUCUUUAACAUUGCCAGAGAGAAAAUCAAUGUGUAUGAACACAAACUGCAAUUUCGGAAUGUCAGGAGCAGUAAUUUUUCUAAGCUUAUAGACCCUCCUGUUAAAGUGAAAGCUUAUAUUUCAUCAUUUAUGCAUGAAACCCAUAAAAUGCUAUUCGAAAAUUACGCAAAGUUGAAUAAAUCUGAUGAAGAAAGUUCAAAUGAAAUAAAUGAAAGUGAUUCUGCAGGAAGUUGAAUAGACAUCUAGCCCACCUUAAAAAAAUGUUUAUAAUGUGAACAAAACCCAUUGCUUUUAAUCUUUUGGAGUUUAAGGGUCCCGAAAAAAAAAGAACCCAGAGGUCCACAUUUGUCAUCUACCUUGAUGGAUUUUCCAAUACUUUUAGUUCCAGUGUAUUGUAUGCAAAUGUCCCUUAAUUCGCGGCUUUUAAUGAUAACACGACAUACGAUUUUGAUCAAAGUGUUGAAGAGUCCAUUAAACUAGUGGCAAGUAUAUAUCUAGGUCACUUGACUAUGUAUGAGUCACACAUGAACACUCAAGUUUUUUUCUGAUUAAAUGUAUUCCUUGUUUUUAAAAUUUGAUGAUGGGCAAUUGUUUGCAAUAAAUAAAAAGAUAUUUGAAAUAAACAAUUUCAAACAUGGCA